AUGCCUUAUCGUGCCGUGGAUCUCUUCUCCCACCCCCACCGGCGGCGCGCGGCCCCCGCGCGGCUCCCGCCCUCCUGCCCUGGGCCCCGGCUUGCCUCCGCUGCUGUGGCCCGCGGCGCUUGGCCUCCCGCCUCCCAUAUUGCCUUUCCGCGCCCCCUCCUUUCUCUCGCGGGGGUCCGCCGGGUUAGUAUCCCUCAGGUGUGUUGCUUUCCUCCGCCACUGGCCCCUGCCUUUCCAUUGGCUCCCUUUUCCCCUACCAUCCUCCUUCCCCUCUAUUUUCUCCCCCACUUCCUUCUGCGCUUACUGCUCCCUGUCUUCCCCUUCGACUCGUGGCUAGCCUGUGUCCUGCGCACUCUUCUCCGCCCCCGUAUCUUAUUUCGCAUUCUUCUUCGUGCUCCCGCUCUACCCUACCCCACUCUCUCCUCUUCCCUCCUAAUCCCCCCUUCCUUAGCACAGCCUCUCCCACCCCCCCCCCCCACCCUUUCCUGCUGCCCCCUCCGCCCCUCCUCGCCGCCCCUGGCGGGCUGUCCCACCCCCCUCGCCGCCAUUCACUUCUGCUCUUCUUCUUCCCGCCCUCUGCCCCCUCGCCGGCCACGCAUCCCUCGCUUCCGCCCGCCUAGCGCGCACCUCUCCCUCCGUUUGAUCUGA